UAAACCUUUCAAUUGUUGACCUUCGGUUUUGUCGGGAUUACUCGAGAGUAAAUCUGCUGUUCGUUGUAUGCUCAAGCAAGGGUAAUUGUAUCUGAAUAAUAAUCGCGUUGAUAGUGAAAGUAAAAAGAUUGAAGCUGUUGAUAUAGUGGAUGAUAAGGUUCUCUUCUUGAUGUAAUUUUGAUACAACCCUUAAAUCACUCAUUCUCUACUCUUAAAUUGCCAUUCCGUUUUAAGUCCAACUCCUAAUUUUGAUACAACCCUCUACAAUGGCCGCAACUGCAAUCUCCUGGUUUACUUCAUCGCAACUCCAUAAAAAUUCACCAUCUUCAUACCUUCAAAAUCACAAUCAUAGACAUAAUCGCAGCAAUUCUGUGUGCUUCGUAUUCGAAUCUAUUCGUUGUCGUAAUUCUUCCAUUCACAACGGUCGUAAUCGGAGCUUUCGUGUUUACUGUAAUCCCGAUCCUCCUAGCCCUAAUCCUAGUCCUAGUCCUAGUCCUAAUAGUAGUACUAAUCUUAGUGCAAGCUCCGAGACUACUGCUGUUCAAGUUUACCGUGAUUUUGAGAGAUUGAUUACAGAUUUAGUAAAGCAAUCACAAGAUGCUUGGGUUGGGUCUAGCAAUUGGAGUGAAGUUGAGGGUGCCUGGGUGCUGGAACCACGACACUCAAAACCAUGGUCUGUUGUACAUUUUAUUGGUGGUAUAUUUGUGGGAGCAGCUCCACAGCUUGCUUACCGUUUGUUUCUUGAAAGCCUUUGUGAAAAGGGUGUAUUGGUGAUUGCAACACCAUAUGCUAGUGGUUUUGAUCACUUUUCUAUUGCAGAUGAGGUGCAAUUUAAGUUUGAUCGGAGUUUUCGGCGUCUACAAGAAACAGCUGAGGGACUGCCUACUUUUGGCAUUGGGCAUUCACUGGGCUCAGUUCUUCACCUAUUAAUUGGGUCAAGGUACGCUGUUCAACGAAAAGGAAACAUCUUAAUGGCAUUCAAUAAUAAGGAUCCAACUGAUGCUAUUCCACUGUUUUCACCUGUUUUCCUUCCGAUGACUCAAAGCAUGGGGCCACUUUUAUCACAGAUAGCAUCAUCUGAGACGAUCAGGCUUGGAGCAGAGACAACUCUAAAGCAAUUGGAGAACCUUAGCCCUCCUAUCAUGAAGCAGGUUCUUCCCCUAUUUGAGCAACUUCCUCCCUUGUAUAUGGACUUGGCUAAAGGAAGGGAGAACUUCAAUCCAAAACCUGAAGAAACUCGACGCCUUAUAAAAGCAUACUAUGGUGUAAACAGAAAUCUUCUGAUAAAGUUCAAAGACGAUAUAAUUGAUGAAACUUCAAUACUGGCUCAAGUGCUGAGUGUAGACUCUGGUAUAAGCUCAAUGCUGGAUUUGUCCAUUCGUGCUCUGCCUGGUGAUCAUGGCACACCUCUGCAGCAGGCUCUUCCUGAUGUUCCUCCUGUAAUGUCCGAUGCAGUAAAUCGUGGAGGUGAGCUUUUAUCAAAUUUGAUUGCAGGAACUCCAUGGGAGACAGUGGCCAAGGAUGUUAGCACAUCGCUUGGAAUGGGAUUGGACUCUCAGAUUCUUCGCUCAGAAUCUUCAAAGGAGCUUGAGCACCUAGUUGAUGUGAUCAGUUCUUGGAUGUCAUCGAGCAUUGGUUCAAAGCUUUUGAGGUGAUUGGGUGCGAGUAUCAUCAAGUCAUAUGUAGAUAUUAUUGCACGUGUGAAAUCAAAAUUGGUGAUAUUUGAGCUUGUUCAUAUUUGUUACAUAGUAACAUUUCAAUGAUGUAAAUGUCAAGUUAUAGGUUUGUUAUAAUGUGAAAUAUGUGUAUAUAAUAUUUUCUUCCAUUAAAAUUUUCGAAUUGCUAUUUAGUCGUCCUAACUCGUCUUAAUCCAUCUUGUUCCUUGUCUCUAAGGCUUAUAGAGUUGGCACCUUUUCUCAACUCAAGAAACCACAGGUUCGAAAUUCUAUAAAGGAUGGGAUUACUUAAGAGUUGUGAGAAACGGCAAAAGUCCAUUAAGAUUUUGAAUAAAUUGUCCAAUAAAAGUACAAAAUUUGUGUCCAAUUUGAGAUGUCCGAAUGAAAAUUUGAAAAAAAUAAGACGUUUUAAUGACUUUUUUCAAAAAAAGCUUUGUUCAAACUUUAUUUCCAAAAUAAGCGUCCUUAGCUCCAAGGGUAAGCUUGGUGUAUACUCGCUCUUACUAACAGCGAAUUAAAACAAAUGGUCAAAAAAUUAGGCAAGAGUGAAGUUGCUGUUACUAACAGCGACUUAAGGGUUGACUGGUCAACUGUGAAGUCGCUGUUACUAACAGCGACUUUAGGCGUAAUCUGGUUUGACUUUUAUCGACUUUUAUGUAUGAUUUAAACUAGCCGUUGCAAAAUUGAAAAAUAGCCGU